GGGGACUUGGGGCUGGGCAGGAGGGAGGCAAUGGGGGGGAGUCAUGUGAGGGGUCUCUGGGGGGCUUCCUCCAGGCAGUGGGGCCCCCAGACCACUGUCCCCCCUUGCCUAGUCGUAAUUCCACCCAUGGCCCUCUCUCCUGCUUGUCCUCCUGGCCGGCCAUCCAAGCAGGAGGAGAGGCCUCCGUCGUGUAGGCCUCGCUGAAGCCUGAGCUUGAGUAGACCAGCAGACCUGGAAGGAGGCAGGCCGAGGGGCCACCCCAGUUCUCUGCAGCAGACCCCCUGCCCAGGCCAGCCCAGCCUUUCCCAGAGCAUCCUUGGACCGCUUCGAACCGGCCCUUUCCCAGGAGGAGGACCAGAAGGCAGGAUGGCUUCGAAGAAAGCACCGGGCGAGAAGAGAUGGGAGCUGGUGCGAUGGUAUGUGAGAGAAGGCCAUUUUCUGUUUGAGGAGAGGACAUUGACGGCGUUCCACUGGCUCUACUCUCAACACUAGCAUCGGAUUGUCAAAAGAGUGGAUCUGGAUGUCCCAAGCAGGUGCUGGAUGGUUCCAGGUCUGUUCCAUGACAGAAUGGGAAGCUGAACCGAGCUCUUUCUGGUCCAGGCCGAACACCGACACCUGCUCCCCAUCUCCUGCGUCUCUCCAAACCGCAGCACUGCAGAUGAGCUCCCACCGAAUCCCAAGAGAGCCCCCCCUGCCCCCCUUUUCUUUGUUCCUCACACUGUGAGGAGGCCUCUCUGCCCUCUAAAGCAUCCUUUGUGCUCCUUGCAAGGAGGGCAAGAGCUUUCCUGGGAUGCAGAGCGGAGAACGAAAACAUCAAGCCCUCUUGUGGCUGUCAGCAUCCUUGGUUUCUUGCCAACCGACUGUGGAGAAUUAAAGCACAGCAGUCUUGCCCGCCUCUACUCCAAGUCAACAAUGCACUGUGUCUGCAUCUCCUCCUGCGAGGAAUACGCAGCAGCUGGCCACGUUUUCUCCGCUCCGUUUUCCUCUUAAAAACUCACCACCAAACCUUGCCUUGAUGUGUUCCGUGUGUGUGUGAAUCUUGCAUAAAGUGGAUCAGGACGCCGGUGCUUGCAAGGAUUGACAAAAGCAUGCUCGCCAGCCUGAAAAUCAAGAAGCAGGAGGGGCUGAACAGCACGGAUGUGGCAGCCCAGGAGAGGCCCUUGUCUCCACCGCUGACUGCCCCGCCCAGCAUGAAGUCUGCAGAGUUCUUUGAAAUGCUGGAAAAAAUGCAGGGGCCAAAAUUAGAAGAACAAAGGAGUGGAAGCCAGAAAAAUAAGGAGGAUUACAUCCCCUAUCCCAGCAUCGAUGAGUUUUUGGAGAAAGGCAGCCCCUACCCCACAAUCAUCCUGCCUCAGUUUGGGGGCUACUGGAUUGAAGACCCUGAGAACCUUGGCACGCCCACCUCCUCAGACAGCAGCAUCUGUGAAGAAGAAGAGGAAUACCUGAGCUCCAGUCCCUAUGGUUACAAACUGGAAUGCAAAGGUGAAGCCAAGGCAUACAGGAAGCACUUUUUAGGAAAGGAUCACCUAAACUUCUACUGCACAGCCAGCAGCUUGGGAAACCUGAUCCUUUCCAUUAAAUGUGAGGAAGCCGAUGGAAUUGAAUACCUAAGGAUUAUUCUCAGGUCCAAAGUGAAAACGUUGCAUGAAAGAAUUCCCUUAGCAGGACUCAGCAAGCUGCCUAGCAUCCCGCAGAUCGCAAAGGCUUUCUGUGACGACGUGACCGGGCUGAAAUUUAGUCCGGUGCUCUACCCCAAGGCAUCUCAGAUGGUCGUAUCUUAUGAUGAGCAUGAGGUCAACAACACAUUCAAGUUUGGUGUGAUUUUACAGAAGUCUAAGCAGACUCAGGAAGAAGAAUUGUUUAGCAACAACGAAGAGAGUCCUGCAUUCCAGAACUUCUUGGAUUUGUUGGGAAAUACUGUAACACUCCAGGAUUUCAAGGGCUUCCGAGGCGGUCUGGAUGUCAGUCACAGCCAGACAGGCACGGCGUCCGUGUACACGGUGUUCAGGGACAGAGAGAUUAUGUUUCACGUUUCCACGAAACUUCCUUUCACCGAGGGAGACACACAGCAGCUUCAGAGAAAGAGACACAUUGGCAACGACAUUGUGGCAAUUAUAUUUCAAGAAGAAAACACGCCUUUUGUUCCAGAUAUGAUCGCCUCCAAUUUCCUACAUGCUUACAUUGUCGUCCAGGUGGAAAACCCUGAAAUGGACAAUGCAUCCUAUAAAGUAGCUGUCACUGCAAGAGAAGAUGUGCCGUCGUUUGGUCCUUCGCUCCCAAAUCCACCCAUAUUUCAGAAAAACUCGGACUUCCGAGAGUUUCUCCUCACCAAACUGAUCAAUGCAGAAAAUGCCUGCUGCAAAUCAGACAAGUUUGCAAAGCUGGAGGACCGGACUCGAGCGGCCCUCUUGGAUAACCUCCUCGAUGAACUUCAUGCCCACACACAACUGAUGCUGGGCCUGGGGUCUGAAGAAGACAAGCUGGAGAAUGGAGGUCACGGAGGAUUCUUGGAAUCAUUUAAGAGAGCCAUUCGGGUUCGCAGUCAUUCCAUGGAAACCAUGGUUGGCAGCCAGAAGAAGCAUCCGACUGGAGGGAUCUCUGGAAGUCUGAGCGGGGGAAUUGCGCACAACAGUGUGGAAGUCACCAAGACCACCUUCUCUCCUCCAGUGACAGCAGCAACAGCCAAGAACCAAUCCAGGAGUCCCAUAAAGAGGAGGUCGGGCUUGUUCCCUCGUUUACACACGGGAUCGGAAAGCCAGGCAGAGCCCCGGAGUAGAUGUGACAGCAGCUCAGGAACACCAAAGACCCCAGAUGGUGGACAUUCGUGCCAAGAUGUGAAGUCGGAAGCCUCCUCCAAUCCAAGCUCUCCAGAAAUCUGCCCCAACAAAGAGAGGUCUUUCAUUAAACUCAAAGAGAACGGCAGGUCCAACAUCUCUCGGUCAUCCUCCAGCACCAGCAGCUUCAGCAGCACAGCAGGAGAGAGUGAAACUAUGGAAGACUACGAAUGCCUGGGCAGCCAGCCUUCCACAGCAUCGCCUUUCAAGCAAGAUGUCUUUGUCUACAGCCCUUCCCAAAGCAUUGAAAACCCCCUUCUAGCAUCGACCACAACGCCGGUGAUCAUGAGUAGGAGUCCCACAGAUAUCAAGAGCAGAAACUCUCCGCGGUCAAAUCUAAAGUUCCGUUUUGAUAAAUUUAGCCAUUCAAGUUCUGGGUCGACACACUAGCAGAAAAUGAUGCCUCUGGACCUGGAAAAGUUCAUUUGCUUUGAGGAAGAAACAUUCUUUUUGAAUGAGAAUAUGUCUUCGCUUAACCACAACAGCCAUGGAUGACUCUUGCCACCUCCUCCUAACCAGAUGUUUUCACGUGACCACUAAGAACAGCUGAUCUUCUUACCUUGACCAGAGAAGAUGUCACAACUGCCUGGAGGACUCCCCGUGUCCCCACGCCCCAUCUGCUUGAUGGAAGGAUGUUGCGUGGAAGAAAUGCUUUACAACAUGUAUCAGGUUCAUACAGCAGGUUCUCUUGUUUUCCUUUGGCAGAAGGAAAAAGAUACCUUCCCAGGGCCAUCUGGUGGGCCACUGUGUGAAACAGCAUGCUGGACUCGGUGGGCCUUGGGCCUGAUCCAGCAGGGCUGUUCUUGUGUUCUUAGAUCUGCUGACCAGGUGUGCUUCUUGUCCGUACCUGCCAUUGUUUGUCUUUGGUGAUCAGCAUUGUGCUUUCUUUUUUGAAAAACUGUCUACCCGUGCUGUGGCUGGUCCUUUCCUCUGAGGCUAGGCAUCCUUGUUCCUUCCGAUUUGACUACCACAAGGUACACGAAGCUGCAUUUCCCUCAUGCUGCCUCAAACAACCCAUUGGACCACCAUGGGGCAUUUUGAACCAACCCAAAGCUCCCCAGGUUUUGAAAGACUAUAGCUCCCAGUGAGAGGCUUAGGUUGGCUCACUAGGGUUGACUCUAGCCUGCUUCCCGGCUUCUUUUCUUGGUCACCCUAGAAUUUUCCACUUCAGCAGGAACUGGUACUUUCAAACCAGCACUUCUGGUUUGGUGUGCUGAGAUUUAUGUCCUGAAGGAUUUUUUUAUGCCUGAAACCUUAGAGAAGCCGCUGCCAGUCUGUGUAGACAAUACUGAGCUAGAUGGGACCGAUGGUCUGACUCAAUAUAUGGCAGCUUCCUAGGUUCCGAAUGCCUGUUUUACUUGGAAUUUCUCUAACCUUCCUUGGAGGAAGACAAUCCUUUCUACCGACAAGGACUGUGUGGGAGCACAGAGACCAAAGCAGAGAGAGGAAUGAGCAGCAUCUCAACAAAUGAGUCAUCCACUAUAAGCCCUCCAGACUCUCUCUCUGUCUCUCUCAUGCUGAAAGGAUUAUUUUCUCUCCUGCCAAGAGGUUCUCUAGUGGUUCAUCCAACUUAAGGUUAUCUGAGAACAGUCCUGGUGUGACUGGAAAUACAUCUCCCUCCCUAAAUGGAGAUCAUGACCCUUUCAUCAGCAUGUGGAGUGCUGUGGUCACCCUCAGUGAUUUGAUUUCUAGGCAAAUCUUUGCUACACAUUUUUAUCUGCACGCACUUGGAGCCAACAGAAAUGUGAUCAAUGGCUCCAACUCUCUUGCACUGUUUAAAGUGCAACUAUGGGCUGCUAUAAGAACAGCCUUCUAGAUUUUUUAGACUGAGUGUAGGAACCCCAUCCUCUUUCACAACCUGUGGCAGCAAAAGAGCACCCGCCACACAGACUAUUCAGCUGUCGUGAUGCCUUGUGGCAGGAAGUUCCAUGUUUUUCUCCAUUCAUGGGCAUUGGACAGAUCUGAGGUUUAGUGUGAUGCGAAAAGAGAAAUUGAGACGUUAAUAAAGAUGACUUGAUUGCAUUUUUGCAGCAAGGGCCCUUAAAAUUACAGUACUAAGGUAGUUUUUAAAAACUUUUUUGGAAGUUAAAACAUAAACCAUAAAACAUGCGUUUUAAUUGAUGUGUUCCUCUUUUCAUGAAUGCAGAAUGGAAUUUUUAAAAACAUCAGUUAAAGGGAAAUGUUAGUUUUCUAGGGGACACGGUAAAUUCUUCCACAUGUCCUUUCAUUUCAAUGAAGCAGGAAACCUGCCCACAGAAGGCGUGUGCUUAAUGUGAAGAAAAACAAAAUAAGAGAGCGUUUUCGGGAAGGAAUAGGGGGCAGGAUGAUCUACAAAAUGUUAAGCAUAAAUUGUUGUUCUUUUCUGCAUUGAGGCAAUUCUUUGUAGACUUCCUGGUUGCUAAUGUUUCCUGUAAAUAAUGUACAUUUAAGUUAUUACUAUGGUAGCAUCUUGUUGUUGUUGUUGUAUAAAGGAAAUUCUAAACAAGGGUCAAAAAUGUAUAUUUUGUUGCUUAAAUGUGUCUUUGCAAAAUUCACAAUAAAAAGUAAAAUAUUUUGUG